GCGGACCGGCGACGAAGGAGGAGGCGCGCGUCCCAGGACAGCGAGGAUGAUGACGAGUCCGGGUCGGGUUCGGACAGCGGGAGGUCCGGGUCCCCGUCCUCGAAGCCCCGGGGACGGGAGCCCGACCCGGCGGAGCCGGUCGCGAGCCGGGUCCCGGCGAAGAGCGACGUGGAGUCCGAGUGUUUUACAGGCUUCUGCUUCAUCUGAUCUCUGCUCUCGUUUGGGUCGUCACGGCAGCUCAUCUGCCUCCACCUCCUCCUUUUCCAGCAUCCUCCUCUGUUACUCCACCCCUCUGCAUGUCCUCCUUCACUGCAUCCAUGAACCUCCUCUGAGGUCCUCCUCGUCUCCUCCUGCCUGGCAGCUCCAUUUUCAUCAUCCGCCCUCCCUCCUCUGCACUGGCUCAGAGCUGUCACUCAUUUCUGACGCUCGGUCGCUGUCUACAAAUCAAACAUCACAGCAGGAGAGUGAAGACGGCGUUGGAGAAGCCGUCCUCUCAGAUUACGACAGCGCCGACCCCGAGGACAACGGAUCGCAUUCAGAGGGAGUGGAGGAGGAAGAGGAAGCAGAGCAGUACAGCGAUGAGGAAGCUCCAGCAGCAGCCAGCGAGCCCCACCCCCCCACUACAGACGGCCCUGUGGAGGGAGCGCAGGGAGAGGAGGAGGAGGGCGGAGAAGCUGAGGAGGAAGAAGAGGCUGGAGGGCGGAGCAAAGAGGAGAGCAAAGAAGAGGAGAAGGGAAACCUAGCAGGAGAGCGACAGAGCGGAGACGGACAGGAGUCGACGGAUGACCCGGAGACGAAGGCGGGGGGCAAACCGGGGCAGCAGCUGGACGACGACGAGGACAGGAAGAACCCGGCGUACAUCCCGAGGAAGGGUCUGUUCUUCGAACACGACGUCAGAGGGCACGCUCAGGAGGAGGAGAGGCCGAAAGGCAGAAACAGGAAGUUGUGGAAAGACGAGGGCCGCUGGGAGCACGACAAGUUCAGGGAGGAGGAGCAGGCGCCGAAGAGCCGCGAGGAGCUGAUCGCAAUCUAUGGUUACGACAUCCGAAACGGCGGCGGCCCCGGAGACCGGGGGUACAGACAGCGGAGGCCCAGACCGACUUCGUCUCCCAGCAGAGACAAACGGUGGAGAGAUGGAGGAGGAGAGCGGCCCGUCCGGUCCUGGCAGAACAGGGGAGGAGGUCUGAACCGAGGAGGAGCUCCUCCACCUUCAUCUGUCCACCCCUCCUCUUCGUCGCCAUCCUCUGCACAGCGAAGCAGCAUCCCCUCCAGACCGCCUCCCUCCCGUACCAGACCACCCCAGAGUAACCUGCACCCCCCACCUCCGUCUCACUACAGGAACAAUGAAUCAAACGCACCCCUGGUGCACCACCGAGAGCGGCCGGGUCCUCGGGCUCAGGCGGAGCCUACAGGGGAAAAGGGAGGUGUCAGAGGAGGGCGAGGAGGAAGGGCGCCCUCUGUGGUCAUUGAGGACAUUACAGUCAGUCAGGGAGGGGCCACGGAGCAGGACUUGAGCGUUGGCGCCAUAACACCGGCAGCGUCGCCACAGCCAGGCGGUUACCAGUCCACUUCGCCGAGACGCCAGCAGGAGCAGCGAGGCGGCACGGACAGAUCUGCAUCAGGACUGGCCGCUUCCUCUUCCGGCUCCGACCCCUCCCUUCAGUCGGCAGCAGCGACCAAUCGGGAAGCUUCCCCUCCCGCCGAGCGGCCAGUGGAGCGCAAGUCUUACUCGCUGGCUCGCAGGACUCGCUCGCGUCCCGCAGACCUGGGCAGUAAACAGGCGUCUGUGGAGGAGUCCGUUGCCGGGGGCAACACAUCUUCUCCCAGCAACGUGGGGGGAAAGAGCUGGUCGGGUGGAGGCGACGCACCGAGCCAGGCGGGAGGAGGUGUGACGGAGCUGGACCAGGACGUGGCUCGGCUCAAUCUGGCCAGGCAGAGCUGGAGCCCAACCUCGUACAUGCGGUCUGAGAUGAGAGGCCUUCCUAACCCCCUGCACAUGCCCAGCGGCCCGCCGCAGUUCUCCAGCAUCGAGGAGAUGGGUGUCGGCAACAACCGGGCCAAACGCUACUCCUCCCAGCGACAGAGAGCCGUGCCCGAGCCGGCGCCACCCAUGCACCUGGGAGUGAUGGAGGGACACUACUAUGAGCCCAUGUCGUACCAGGGACCAAUCUAUGCCCACGGGGAUAGCCCCGCCCCCAUGCCGCCACAGGGCAUGCUGGUGCAGCCUGAGAUGCACAUCCCGCAUCCCGGUCUCCAUCCCCACCAAUCAGGAGGCCCCAUCGCUAACCCCGCCCUAUACGGAGGCCCACCAGUGUCCCUGUCACCAGGGCAACCACAGCAACUGCUGCCACCGCCUUUCUACCCUCCACCGGGGGUCAUGACCUUCCCCUACCCCACCAUGUACCCAAACCCACAGGGUCAGGCCCAGGUGACCUACGGAGGCGUGACGUACUACGACACGGUGCAGCAGCAGGCCCAGCCCAAGCCUUCGCCCCCCCGCCGCACAUCCCAGCCCGUCACUGUCAAGCCCCCCCCUCCGGAGGUGCCCUUUGCCUCAGAGUGACUCUGCCCCUCACCCCUCCCUGCCACUCCAUCUCAGCCUCACUCUGGUCCAAAAACUGUAGGAGCGGGGUGGGCGGGUCGGUGAGGAGCUGCGGUCCAAAAACUUCCACCAUGGUAAAGGAGGGAGGGCGGGAUGGAGACAGGCUCCGCCCACAGCAUCGCUGGUGGAUUCAGACUUUCUCCCCCUUCUGUUUUUGUUUUUUUUUUUCUUUGUUUAGCCCGUGUAGCAGUCGGGCGGGUCGGCGGUUCGAUGCUGUAUCUUUGAGCAAAAUGGGACUGACGAGUUCACGAGGAGUCGACCUCGGCGCUGUCGGUGCUCUCAGAGUAUUUUUAUUUGUUUUCACGUUUUCUGUUGAAUCCUGGAAACGGUUUUCUGCGUCAGGCGCUCCUCCUGCAGGAGGACGCGUCGUCAUCCAUCCGUCGCAGUUACAGAGUUUGAAUACAGCUCGGCUUGUUUUGGCUUCUGCUCAGUGCUCAUUCCUCUAACUUUAAAUGUGUAAUCAGCAGAUAAACAUGUAAUAAACGGUUAAUAACACUUUAUAAAGGUGCGGUAACUCCUGUGGGCGCUCAGAGGUGCAGGUAGAGCAAAAAUCGCUUCCUCUGUGUUCGCACGGCCGUAGUUUAGCGAGACGUCACGUUUGUUUCAGCGUUCAGUGAAACUGCAGUUCAAACUUUAAAGAUGAAACGAGACUUAAAACCUGGAGGAAACAAAAACAACUAGAAUAAAAUCCAGAGCGAGUACUUCUCUCUGACAGCAUCACUGCAGCUAAACGCACUCAAACAUUCCUGAAUGUUCCUAAUCCGGAAUAUUUUGCUGUGUUGUUUGAUCAGAACAGUUUCACACGUGUGAAACUCGUGAAUAAACUGAGUUUAACGACUUGUUUCUGUUUAAACAGAUUGUUUUGACAUUUCUGAGUGUUUUUGAGCAACUUCAGGAAAAUAAUUCCAGCUUCUCGGUUUUCCUUAUAAUCGUAAUUCAAACUGCAGACCUGUGACAGGGGGCGGGGUUUAGGGUUCAGCAUUAAAAGAAGAGUUAUGUAUUUUGUGAUAAAUGAAGAGAAUAAUUAGCAGAUUAAACAUCAGAUAGUUUAAGUUGAAUUAAGCUAAACUUUUCUUCAUCCUUUAUGAAGGCCUCGAGUCCUGUAACGGCGCCGCGUCCCUUUAACGUGCGGCUGUCUGCCCUCCUGAGCGUACACGUGUCACUUCCUGUUGCGAUGGGGAGUUGGGGCAGGUGGAGGCGGUUCGUGUUGCUGUACAGGCGUACGUGUAAAUAGAAGCUGCAGAGUAGAAACAUAUUCUAAUAGGCAUAGAGGAGCUUCGGCAGGGACCUCGAGCGAAUCGAUGGAUGGAUGAUGGAGAGCGGCCGUGUGGGUUUGGUUUCCUCUGUUCUCACGUCUGUUUCUUUGGGUUUAUUAUCGUUGUUGUUGUUGGUGCGUGCCGCCUCGUGUCUUUGUUUUCUGCACGCAGGAAGCUCGAACUAAAACUUGAUGAAGAACACCAGGCUGUCAUGUUUCUGUUUGUUUGCGCUCCGUGUUCUGGGAGCUCGUGGUUGGAGGUUAGCGUUCCUCCUCCUCUCGUUAAAUUCGGGGAGUUGUUUGACUGAUGGGUGAGGACAGAAGCGCGUUGCCGUUAGAAACACCUGCCGUUCAGCCCGUUAGCAGGAUCGUCAGGAGAAAACAGGUUGAAUUUAACAGGAACAUUAAUCGUUCCUGAUCCCCGUGCUGAUGUUUGAUUGGGGAGAUUCCUCUGAUGGUGGGGCCUCGGAUUCAGUGGGAGGAAGUCGGGGUUUUGGUGCUUGCCAUCAGAAACGACACCGCUCUGAUCUUCGUUCACCUUCAUCGGAGGAGGAAGAGGAGGCCUUCGGCUGUGACGGUAGCUUCAGCUCGCUUCAGCUCCAACCGUUAAUGUCCACUGAUGUUUCAAUAAAGUUUAGAGACGUUUCCUGUUCUCUGGGUCUUCCUCUUUGUUUUCUUCUCUCAAAUAAAUCCUGCAGAGCUGGAGUUGGGCUGACUGCUGUGUGACCUUUGACCCGAGCCGCCCACACUGUUCACUGUAGCUAUGUCCCAACUCAUAGGCUGCAUCCUUCGGAGGACCCUUCGGAGAAGGCCGGAAGUGAGCGGCUGUGAAAUGGGACGGUCUAGCUUUCAGAUCUGCGUCACCGCUGUCUCGGUGGAGUUUAAUAAACUCGGCCGUCUUGCUAUCUGAAAUAUAACGGGACACUGGAGUAAACUCUCGACCAUCUCACACUUCUGUUUAAUCAGUUUUCUGUUUGACGUUUAUUCAUCUGUGUAAAAACUAGAACUUUAAUCUCAGCCAAACCGAUUUACUCAGGAACAAAUAAAACACUGAAAAAAGCCAAACAAUAACAUGUUUAGGUUAUCUGAGUGACUUAUAUAUCACGUUUAACCUGAGUAGUGAAAGACCGCAGGGGGGGGUUUGAAAGCGAUGUGCCAGGAGUCUCAGUGGCCCGAGUGACCCUCGACCUCCCGGUCAGCGAUCGAGCUGGUGGGUAACAGACGUCUCUGAAAACGUCGCAGCACUUUUGCAAAUAUAUGAUGUCUUGAUAAACUGAGCAGAUAUUUGAAUUUACACAGCUACAUUCUCGCCUGAAAAUAUGUUAAAAGUUUAUUUUGUGACCCAGGAAGAAGAAUAAGAGUAAUAUUAACGCUAAAGGCUGCCACCAUUGUUGGAAACUGGAAUUGGCUGGGCCACACUAUGAAUUCUGGGAUAGGUGGGCCACAAAGGAUACACCCGACCCAUCCUUCAAAUCUGGGGAAAAGGAGGACGCAUUUGGAGGAGUCUUCGAAUCGGGAUAGCCUUCGUCACCUGGCUGUGAUGUAAUCGGCCUACAAAUGCAGCCUAUGAAUCGGGACAUACCUUGUGACCGCAGGGCUGUUAUUUUACAGUGAUGAUGAUGAUGACUACAUUGAUUUGGUUCUGUUUCUAUGUGGAGAAUGUCGUCGUCCACGCAGAGGGUCAAUAAAGAACC